AGAUACACACCCCGUUUUUGUGUUUUUAUUUGUUAUGUCAUACCGUCCCUGUGUUGCUGCUAUUGGUGUGCGCCAAUGUUGUUGAUCUGUUAUUAAAAUAUACGUAUAAACGUGAUUAUUUGUAGGCUGUCUUAAAUAGAACGUGGGACGGAACUGCACUAUCUUGACAUCGCUAUGUAUCUUUGGGUCCGUUUAGGGCCGCAUAAGGACAGUUAGCUUGCACAGACGUCCCGGUUUGACAAGUUUGCCUCUUGCAAUCACAUAAUUAACCAGGAAUUACACCGAAGAUUCUAUCCGGAAGUAUGGGUGCACACGGUUCACCGAACUGCGUAACAGCCACGUUAAGAUGUUGCUUUCGUUAGCUAACGAGCUAAUGCUGCAGCUUGUCAGGUAGUUAGCAUCGUUAACUGCGAGGCUCAGCGACACCAGACGACAACAAAAACAAUGAGGCUUUUAAGGUUUUUGAGGAGCAGCGUGUCCAUCGGGAAGGACAUAGACUAUUAUUCCAAAUUUUCGCCCUCUCCUCUCUCAAUGAAGCAAUUUCUGGAUUUUGGUUCGGAAAACGCUUGUGAGAAAACGUCCUUCACCUUCCUCAGACAGGAGCUGCCAGUGAGGUUGGCAAACAUCAUGAAGGAGAUUAACUUGUUGCCAGACAACCUGCUAAGAACUCCAUCAGUGCGUCUGGUCCAGAGCUGGUAUGUGCAAAGUCUUCAGGAGAUCCUCGAGUUCAAAUCCAAAAAUGCAGACGAUGAGAAAGUGACAUAUGAUUUUACAGAUGCGGUCAUCAAUAUCCGAAAUCGCCACAACGACGUGAUCCCGACCAUGGCUCAGGGUGUUGUGGAGUACAAGGAGGCGUACGGCACGGACCCGGUCGUCAGCCAGAACGUGCAGUACUUCCUGGACCGGUUCUACAUGAGCAGGAUCUCCAUCCGCAUGCUGCUCAACCAGCACACACUGCUCUUUGGUGGGAAGGUGAAGGUAAAUCCGGCACACCCCAAACAAAUCGGCAGCAUUGAUCCACACUGUCGAGUCAGUGAGGUUGUCAAAGAUGCUUAUGAAAAUGCAAGAAACCUUUGCGACAGGUAUUACAUGAACUCUCCUGAGCUCAUACUGGAGGAGUUCAAUGUCACAGAUGAGGGGAAAGCCAUCACCGUGGUCUACGUCCCCUCUCACUUAUACCACAUGGUGUUUGAACUUUUCAAGAACGCCAUGCGAGCCACCAUGGAACUGUACGGCGACGCCAUGGACUACCCUCCCAUCCGUGCUCAGGUGGCUUUGGGAACGGAAGAUCUGACAGUUAAGGUGAGCGAUCGCGGAGGGGGCGUGCCCCUGCGUAAGAUUGACAGGCUCUUCACGUACACGUACUCCACGGCACCUCGACCGAGCCUCGAUGGGCGGGCUGCUCCUCUGGCUGGUUAUGGCUACGGCCUCCCCAUCUCUCGACUCUACGCCCGCUACUUCCAAGGGGACCUGAAGCUCUACUCUCUGGAGGGCUACGGCACCGAUGCUGUCAUCUACAUCCGGGCGCUGUCCACCGAAUCCAUCGAGAGGCUGCCGGUGUACAACAAGUCGGCGUGGAAACACUACAAGACCAUGCACGAGGCAGACGAUUGGUGCGUGCCCAGCCGAGAGCCUAAGGACAUGAGCACGUUUCGUCGCUUCUAGAAGCCAAAAUCUGCUCGUUGGUCUUCGUGAAUGACUGUGCGUGUGUUUGGAGAGACAGCGGAACUUCCGGAACUUCUGUUUUUAUUUGGUGUUAUUUGACUCUUUUUAACAUGAUUUUAUUUGUACAGUGACAGUAAAAACCACAACACAACCGCAGUACUUUUUAUGGGGAUCACCAGUAAAUGUCUGUCAAUGUGUUACCAACGUCAAACUCAGUCUUCAUAAUGUGGAACAGGUUAUGAAACGUAGAUGUGGGAUGGUAUUUUUCAUGUUUUACACAAUGUAAGUCUUCUUGGUUUCAUAAGGUACGUUUUCUUUGAAGCUGUUUUCCAAGUGCAACAUGUGCUCCAUCUGCUCUGCUUUUAAGGCUGGCAACGAGACCAUACGACCGAAAUUAUACAUUUCAUUUCAAGUUUGUACUCAUAAUAAACUUUGAGCUGGUUACAGCU